AUGCGCGUCAGCGGCGCGGGCCAGAUGGAGGAGCUCAUCGCGUCCGCCACGGCCUUUUUGCAGGCUAUGCGAGAUGAUCAGCACGAGGGGUCACUUGCGUGGGUAGAGCGGCAACUUAAGGCCCUGUCCGAGGAGGCGACAAGGGGCAGGCCGGAGGCGGGGGCGCGCGAGGCGCUGAAGAAGCUGCACGAACGUCUUCGCUGCGGCAGCGGGGCAAAGGACGGGGGCGCAGGUGCCUCUGCUGGGGCGAGUGCGGGGGGACACGCGUACUGGUUGGGUCAGAGGCCUCUCCCCGGUUUGACGGAGGAGGAGGUGGACAGGGCCGUGCAGCAGCUGUCGGAGGAGGAGCGUCGGCAACUUGCAGAGGAAUUUGCUGCACUGCGCGAGGAAGGAUUUGAGCUGCUGCGUGAGGAUGAGGCGGACCCGGCGCACGCGGAAGAACUGGUCGCCGGGCAGAAUGCAGAAGGCCCUGACAGGGACGAUGAACAGCGCACCGACGGUGAUCACAGUGCAAUGGACCCUGAUAAAAGUGACGGUCGAAGCAUGUUCUUUGGGGGAACUCUGCUGGAGUUGACUUACGACGACGACGCCUGGCCGUUAAGCGCACGACGUGAGGCGUGUGCCAUGACGAUGAAUCACCACGGCAUGGGCCAAGCACCUCUACCCAGGUUUUGUACACCCAGCACGGACAGCAGGGAUGCUGUGUCUGCUGCGCCGAACUCUGUGGUUUCGCGUGCUCUCUCCUCGUGCGCCAAGCCUUCCUAUGAGAUGGAACAGGCAGGCUACAUUCGCGAUAGAGUGCGCAUGAUGUUGCUUGCGAAUCGUGUGGCAAAGGAUGUCGAGGGGGACAUCAUCGACGCCGCGUUGGGUGCAACGGAGGAGCUGCGUCGGGAGCGCGAGCGUCGCCUGCAGUCGCUGCUGGAGCGACAGGCGGAGUUGUUGCAGAAGGCGGUGGAGGUGAUGCAGUUGCUGCAGACGCUGCAUCGUCGGGCGAUUGGUGAGUACGUGCGAAAUCCGUACGUCAUGCAGACGUGGCAACGCAACGAGUCGGCCCAGGUGUGCCAAAAGUGCCAACGCCCCUUUAACCUGUUCGUUAUGCGGCACCACUGCCGUCGGUGCGGCCUCAUUUUCUGCCAGCGCUGCUCCUCGUACGCCGGAAUGCUCCCUGACAGGAGGGCAGAGCAGCACGUGGCCUCGGCGUGGCUGCGCCUGUGCCAGGACUGCUACGAGAUCUGCUGCGAAUAUCAAAAGUGCGUGAGUACCGCCUCUCCGCCCCCGCGGGGGCGCUGCGAGCGAGAGAGUCGUGCCCCAGAAACCCCCUCCUCCAUUUUGUUCUCGAAGUAUUCUGACGAGAACGGUGUCCUUGCGGACAAACUACCACCCUUCUAUGUAGUACUUCCUGAGGAGUGGUACACGGCGCGGGCGGCAACGGCGUCAGGCUGGCUGAACUCAAUCAGGAAUGUUCCGUAUCUGCUCUGUGAGAAUCUCCAUGACGGGAUUAGCUCCCUCACUCAGAUGGCGACGCCGGGGCUGGAGCGUCUACUGUCGGUCACGACCGACACCGUGAGGCGCAUUAAAGAAGAAAAGUAG